UUGGCUCCGGGGGCUCCGCUCGCCUGCCCCCACGCUGCCCGCCACCCAGGACCGCGCCGCCGGCCUCUGCCGCGAGCAAACCCUUCUGACGGCCCUCGCUGUGCAGGCCAGGACGCCUCUCCCCCAUCCGCCCCCGCUGCGGAAAGUUAAGUUUGAAGAGGGGGGAAGAGGGGAACAUGGACAUGAAGAGGAGGAUCCACCUGGAGCUGAGGAACUGGACCCCGUCAGCUGUUCGAGAACUUGUCUUGGACAAUUGCAAAUCAAAUGAUGGAAAAAUUGAGGGCUUAACAGCUGAAUUUGUGAACUUAGAGUUCCUUAGUUUAAUAAAUGUAGGCUUGAUCUCAGUUUCAAAUCUUCCCAAGCUGCCUAAAUUGAAAAAGCUUGAACUCAGUGAAAAUAGAAUCUUUGGAGGUCUGGAUAUGUUAGCUGAAAAGCUUCCAAAUCUCACACGUCCAAACUUAAGUGGAAAUAAACUGAAAGAUAUCAGCACCUUGGAACCUUUGAAAAAGUUAGAAUGUCUGAAAAGCCUGGACCUCUUUAACUGUGAGGUUACUAACAUGAAUGACUACCGAGAGAGAGUGUCUUCAAGCUCCUGCCCCAGCUUACCUACAUGGAUGGCUAUGACCAAGAGGACCAGGAGGAACCUGACUCAGAUGCUGAGGUGGAUGGUGUGGAUGAAGAGUAGGAGGGCGAAGAAGAAGACGAGGAAGACGAGGAGGAUGAAGAUGGUGAAGAAGAGGAGUUUGAUGAAGAAGAUGAAAAUGUAGAAGGAGAUGACGAAG